UUUUUCAAAACUCAUUUUUUCCCUCCAUCCGGUGUUUUCGCGGGUCACAACUCACAGGUAAAGAGCUGUUUAGAAACCUGUUUUAUAUUUUGCUGAUCCUCGUUUCUUUCCCGGGACAACCCUUUUGUCUUGUAAUGCACUUCUUCACGAGGAGAUAACAGGUUUGCUUUCAAAAAGAUCCCUCCAUUAAAUCUCUCCUUUUGUGAAUUCUCAUUAGCUUUCUUCACUUUGCACUUUUUUAUGGUCAGAAAGAUUCUUUCACUUCACCAUUGGUUCAGUUAUUUAGAUAACUUCUGAUUCACUUUCCUCCUCCCUCCUCGGAUUCAUCUUUGUACUUCCUUAGCGCUUCUGAGAUGGGCCGAGCAACAAGAUGGCUGAGGAACUUAUUUGGCGGCAAGAAGGUUAACACGGCCAUUGAGGAUACCAGCGCUCGUAGGGAGAAAAAGCGGUGGAACUUUAAAUCGCCAAGGGAUUCCUAUGAAGCCGCACAGGCUAGUGUUUCCUGGCUGAGAUCAUUCUAUGCGGAAACAGAGAAGGAACAGAACAAGCAGGCUAUUGCAGUGGUAGCCGCAACGGCCGCUGCUGCUGAUGCCGCUGUCGCAGCUGCUCAGGCAGCCGUUGCAGUGGUGCAGCUCACCAGCCAUAGCCGGAGCUCGAAGCUUGGGGGUUUCCAUGAAUGGCUGGCUGCUAUUAAGAUACAGAGAGUGUUCAGGGGUUAUCUGGCAAAGAAAGCUCUGAGAGCUCUCAAAGCUCUGGUUAAGCUCCAGGCUGUAGUUAGAGGCUACCUUGUUAGAAAGCAAACAGCAGCAACUUUUCACAGUAUGCAAGCUCUAAUCAAAGCUCAGGAAACCAUCAGAGCACAAAAAUGCAGAGCUCUUCUCUCUUCUGAAAGGAAGUUUUAUCAAGAAAAAAAUCCCCGCACCACACUGGAAACAUCAUCUUUUCACCGCCGGAAACAGUCCACGAGCCUCUACGACGUGAACUGUACAUCUGAUGGCAGCCCACAGGUUGUUCAAAUCGACUUGUUCCGCCCAAAAUCAAGAUCUUCAGGAAGAACUAGUUACCAUCCAACAGACAAUAAUGAUGAAAUCUCUCCCAGUUCAGUCUCCUCUCUUCCUAAAAUUGGAAGAAUCUCAAUACCCGAUUGUCAAUUAUCAUUCGAGAAAUGCCGGCAUUCAUCGACAGCACAUAGUACACCACGCUGCAUUGCGCCAUCCACGCCUACAAGGAGUGUAUGCGGCAUGAUUGAUGGUGGUUUUCACAGGCCAAAUUACAUGAACAACACACAGUGCUUUGAGGCGAAGAUGCGGUCCCAGAGUACACCGAAACAGAGGCCAGAUCUCAUGGGUUCAAGCAACCGUCUUCCGCUUAGCGAGUUGGUGAUCGAGCAGGCCAGAGCGAGUCUCAGCAGCAUUAGAAUGGGGAAGGAUGAGGAGCUCAGCAUCAAGAGGGUAGUCGUGGGAAGGCUUGAUAGGUCUUUGUUGGAUUUGAGCAGAGAUAGAGAAAGGGAUUUUCACUUGCAAAAGAAGUAGUGAAUUGAGUUAUCAGUUGAGUUCAACUUGAAUAAAUUGAGUUUAUGCUUUGCUGA